CGAGCUCUGCCCCCGGCUCCAGCGCAGCCCGGGAUGGGCAUUUCGUCCCCGGCGUGACACCCAGCGCCCGGCCGGGCCCCGGGCCAGGAUUCGCCUCUUCCCCGGGCGGGAUUUGGUUGCUGUUGUCAGGGAUUUACCCCCGCGCCGCCGGUUCAUGGCCGCGGGGCUCGCUCCGGCCUGCAGCGUCCCGGAGAGGCAGCCGCCCGGCGCGGCGCGGAUGACUUGCAGCACAGACGAAGCGUAACCUAAUUAGGUGAGGAUGGUGGGGACAGGAGCCGCUGCAGCUUUAGGAGAUCACCGCCCUGAAUAGCUUCCCCAUCUGUCGACUGGAUAAUUGGUUGCAUUUGAAGUCUUUGUGAAAGCCUUUGAUUAUAGUAAUUUCAGCAGUGUGAUCUACCCUGGAUUCCUUCCUUAGAUUCUUUCACCAUUCAGGCACUUGGGGCCUGUAAUUACAUGAGCCAGUGCAGCUCUACUUUGGUUUGCAGCGGAGCUGGGAAAGAGUUGGGCUAGUUGCCCUCUGGCAGCUGCUGCCCGUGAUCUGGGCAGCGUGAGGGUCUCCCGUCGUGACUCCAGCAGCGCUCUCCAACGCUUGGACCAUGUUGGCCUGUCUCCAGAGAACCCAGAACCCACCAGCCCAGCACCUCGCAUGUCCAAACAAGACCCUGGAACCGCGGAAGUGUGAAACGGCGGCCUCCAUGCAUUCCCCACGCUACCCCAGCCCAGCCGAACUGGAUGCCUAUGCACAGAAAGUCGCCAACAACCCCCUAACCAUCAAGAUCUUUCCCACCAACAUCAGGGUCCCUCAGCACAAGCACCUUAACCGGACGGUCAAUGGGUACGACACGACAGGGCAGCGCUACAGCCCCUACCCUGUGCAUUCCAGCGGCUACCAGGGCCUCCUGGCCAUCGUAAAGGCCUCAAGCAAAAGCAUCGUGAAGAACUCGGAGGGCAAACGGACUAAGAUGUCUCCAGCAGAGGUGGCCAUUGCCCCCUACCCAGUGUCAAGCACUUUAGCACCAGGCCCCUCAUGCGCCGGGCACUUGAAUUAUCACAGUACUCAGAAGCAGCUCGAGGCACCGGUCCCCCCAAACGUGACGGUAGCUACGUCCGUCAUCCCGCUCGCAGGCCGGAACUUGACCCUGCAGCAGUCCAACUUGCCCUCUAUCCAGAGCAUCAUCUACCAGAUCAAUCAGCAGUGCCAGGCCCAGGGCUCCCAGCAGGCCUGCCAGGGGGUGGUGGUGACCAACCCCAGUCCAGCCAAGCACGGCGUGGCCAGUGGCUUCGCUACCAUGGCGACGGCGGGCGCUGCCGUGGCCUAUACCAGUGCCAUCCUGCCCGACUGCCGCAAAGGGGCCGAACUCGCCAUAAGCUCCAACCCGGCCAUGACCGUUGGCCCCAAGGCCGGCAUCUACCCGGAUGGCAUGGAUUACCUUCUCUGGCAGCAAAAACAGCAGCAGCUCCGAAUGUACAGCGGGGGCAGCGGAGGGGGGGGUGCUGUCAGCAAGUCUCCAGAGACGUGUGUGGGGGUCUCGCGCCCCUACACCCUGACGGGUGCGGUGGAGAAGGUGAGCUCCUCCCCUUUGAACUGCGUGGCCAUGCAUGGCAACUUCUCAGUGGGCCAGUAUCUUGCCCCUCCUUGGAACAGCAUCUUGGUCACCCCCAACAGCGAUUGUUACAACCCUCAGGAGCUCGCCAAUGGGCACCGCGAGCUCGGCGUGCCCCCCUCCGAUGGCCUGUCCAGCAAAACGCUCUGCAAUACCUCCAUUCUCAGCAGCAGCCUCCAGUCGCUGGAGUAUCUCAUCAAUGACAUCCACCCGCCAUGCAUCAAAGAGCAGAUGCUGGGCAAGGGCUACGAGACAGUGUCUGUGCCAAGACUCUUGGACCAUCAGCACGCCCACAUUCGCCUGCCCGUCUACAGAUAAGAGCCUGACGCUGCUUUCCAAACAAAGGGCCAUGGGGAGAACUUGACUGGCAUCCAUUCUCCUCUCCGGCACCGCCAGGGUCUGUGGCGAAACAAAGCGAGGGCUGGGGGGGGGUUGGUUAACGAAGGGGCUGGGGGUCCCCAAAGACGCUGGAAGUUAUUGGGGUCAUUGAACUGGAUACACCUGAAACCCACUGGAAGCCACAGACAAAGGAAUGCUUGUUUCUAGAGCUCUGAAAUCGUCGUUUCAUUUCCACGAAUGUGAACAGGGAAUCGCUACAAGUUGCUGCUAUCCAGGGAGAGAAGAUUUCGCUCUGUGCGCGCGCGUGUGUGUGUGCACGUGUGUGUGUGUGUGCGCACGUGUGUGAGUGCAUGUCUGUGUGCGUGUGCCAGGCGGAUCUGCAUGUGGGAGAACCCCCAAUUCUCUCCUGCGCUGAGUCCCCAGGAGAGUUUUAAGUAAAAGAAGAGCUCCAACCCCACAACAAUUCCAUGCCAUUGCAGCUUGGUCAUGACCAGAAAGAGCUAAUGCCUAAUUUCUAGUUGAAGUCCAUAACUUGCACUGCUUUGAGUAAAGCUAAUAAUUGGGGACAGUCUGGAGGCUAUUUAAGAAAAAGAAAAACACUUGAAAACUUGAACAGAUUUUUUUUUAGUUAAAUAUACUGUACAUUUACGUGUUGGCUGCUACAGAGUCUCUUCCUCCACUCCCUCCCCUGCCUGCCCCCAUUGCUUGGGCCUAGUCUCUUACUUUCAUUAAACCAUACGUUUUUGAUGCUUUCUCAGUGAAAAGGUGUCAUUGCCCAGUUGCCCACACGGUGGGGGGGAGAUCCACAUUAAGCUAAGGAGCCAAGGACCUGGGUGAGCAAAAAGGGCACAAAGUUAAGGAUAUUUUACCCUCCUUAUUGUUCUUGCGGUUUUCCAAGCGUUUCCCUAGCCCCCCCGUGGUAAAGAGAGAGUCUGACUUACCUCAGACAGAUCUGAGGCAGGACCCCUGUUCUAAUUUGUAAAAGAACCCACACCUGCUUAACAAACCCACCCUUACCCCAUCCCAAAUGGAAGAGCUUGUGAUCUCCCUCCAUGGCUCUCAAACCAGCUGAUCAUUCACUACCUGGCUGGGCACAAACGUAAAUCUAGCUGAGCACCUGGCAAGCGAUUUUCUUUUUUAUUAUCGGAGAUGAAUGGGGAGCCGUUAUGGUGUCUCCAGGCUCUGGGAAGUCUGCUCAGAGGAGUGGUCUGUCUCCCCUGCCCCAUCCCCACCCUAUCUCCAGGUCCCAUCACAGGAACGUUCUGAAUUCUAAGAUUUCCAAGGUUGUUUUUUUUCUUUACUGUCAAUUAUACCUUUGUUCUGUUGCAGAGGCAACUUGCAGGUGAAGAGAAGUAGAAUCACAUUUAAUGCAUCUACCCAUUGUACCAGGUUGUAAUUUGCGUACUUUAUUUUCUUUUUUUAAACAGUUCAGAAAUGUUCAUUAUGGUCUGUUAUUCAGUAUGUGUAAUUAUGUGUUUAAUAGAUCUAUUCAUUUAAAAAAAGCAGUUCUACAUUACAGCAAAUACAACGUUUUUUGAUGUUUAAAGGAAAACCCCCACCCCAAUGAACCCCAUGUGAUUGUGCUCAGAAAAGAGGGACUGUAUCCUUAAAAGGCCUGUUCAAGCACUAAGUGCAUUUAGAAAUCUCUGAGAAUGUUUUUUUUAUACUAAAAUUGACCAUUAUAUUCUACUGUGAGAAGUGCUGUCUGCACUAUAUUGUUUUAAAAAUGAGAGAAAACGGGAAAAAAAAAAAAAAAAACCCACAAGCUGUGUGUCCGAAUGUUGUUUUCCCAAAGUAAA